GAAAGGGAAACAGGCACCAUGGAAAGGGUUACAGGAAAUCCCCUAUUGAAAUAGCAGUUUGUUAAAUAAGGAAAGCAAAACUGAGAAGCAAUCCGUUCAUAUUUCACAGGCAGCCAGGCAAGACAAGGUUUCAGCAAGUGGUAGUUAUGAGACAUACCCUUCUCAGAGAUAAGUACAGCAGCCCCACAAAGCCUCCUUACCUUGCUAAAGGAACCUACAAGGAAAUGGGAGGAUUUAUUUGAGAAGUAGCUCAGAAGGACUCAGAAACAGUUACUCAAAGAAGCAAGGGAAAGCACUACUUCACAUUGGGGAGAUUAAGUCAGGAGACACAAGAUGAACCUAUUCACCCAGCAAACUGUGAUACUUUGGCUCUGUGUUGCUGUCACGCUCACGACAGAGCUGGUGAAGCUAAGCACUGAUGGCUCUCUGAUUGUGCCAUGUCACCAGAGUGUUAGCCUCCAAUGCAGAAUCUCCACUUUCCAGGAGGGGCUGUCAAUCAAUCAUCUGGCCUGGGUCGGGCAGGACGGGAAGUGCCUGUGUGAUGUUAACGCGACUGGAGUGAUGGGGACCCACCCAGGGAACACACCUAGUGCCAUGGAGUGUAGUUAUACCCCACAGACACAGCUGACCCUGACUCUGCUGCAGGUACAGCCACUGGAGCAGGGAAAUUACUUGUGCAAGCUGCGCUCCAAUCAAGGAGUAAAGGAGGUCACCACAACGGUGAAGCUGCAAGAGUGCUACAGGGAGGCCCAGCCCAGCGUCAGUGAGGAGGGCCCAACCUGCACCUUCACUGAGGUCUACCCUGACGGAGAGGUGCACUGGUUCCAGGGACACAACAAUGUGACUGGGGACCCUAAAAUCAAAACUAAACAAGUGAAGGAAGGAACAUUUUUUACAAUAACUAGUUCCCUGAAUAGAAAGACCAUCUCUGGGGAAGGGGCCUACAACUGCUCCCUGUGGAUCCCCAGUACCGGAGCCUACCUGACCAGCAGCUUGGUACCAGAGCAUGGUGAAGCCAGGGUUGAGGAGCCCAAUGCCAACGGGGCAGGGGCCAUUGGUCCUGUGUGGAAAACCUUUUUAGUCCUCCUGAGUACUCUCUUCCUCGUGUGAUGUCUGAAAACGAACAUUAGCAAAUGGACCAGGAAGCGCCAGGAUCAAUUAAUACAAAUAUGGAAGAGCCAUUGUGUGAGGUUCCUUUCACGGUCCAAAAGUUUCCUUGGCUGCGUAGAACAAGGAAAUGAUGUCCAGAUGAGAGAGGCUGAUAACCUGGUGCAAAACGGGUAGAACUGUCAACCUAUUGUGAACGCACCCUUGUUGGUCUGCCAGUGCCAGGUGUAUGUGAUUGUUCAUUAAAAACGGCAAGCAGCAGUAGAAACAAUAACAAAGCUUACUUCACCCCCAUUUCGGGUAAAAAGCUGAUGGAUGGGGCUGGAGAAAUGUAACCAUUUAAAAUUCAUAGAGAGAGCUUUGGAUGCAUGGACCCGCAAAACACAAGUCUCAACGUCAACAGUGAUGAGGUGACUCCGGGAUGCUGGCCUUCAGGCAGACUUCCUUUGUCCAGUGUCUGUUAUUUUGCCCAUCUUCAUAUUUUCUU